AUGCGUGAGGUCAUCUCCAUCCACGUCGGACAGGCCGGAGUCCAGAUCGGUAAUGCGUGCUGGGAGCUCUACUGCCUGGAGCACGGAAUCCAGCCCGAUGGAACCAUGCCAUCGGACCAACAGGCCGACGGAGGGUCCUUCACCACCUUCUUCUCCGACACCGGAAACGGACGUUACGUGCCGCGCUCGAUCUUCGUCGAUCUGGAGCCUACCGUUGUCGACGAGAUCCGCACCGGAACCUACAAGCAGCUCUUCCACCCAGAGCAGAUGAUCACUGGCAAGGAGGACGCCGCCAACAACUACGCUCGUGGACACUACACCGUUGGAAAGGAACUCAUCGACACCGUGCUCGACAGAAUCCGCCGUCUCGCCGACAACUGCAGCGGACUUCAGGGAUUCUUCGUGUUUCACUCGUUCGGCGGAGGAACCGGAUCCGGAUUUACUUCCCUGCUCAUGGAGCGUCUUUCCGUUGACUACGGAAAGAUGUCGAAGCUCGAGUUCUCGAUCUACCCGGCCCCACAAGUGUCCACCGCCGUCGUUGAGCCGUACAACUCGAUCUUGACGACCCACACCACCCUCGAGCACUCCGAUUGCGCCUUUAUGGUUGACAACGAGGCCAUCUACGACAUCUGCCGUAGAAAUCUGAGUGUUGAUCGUCCGAGUUACACGAACCUCAACCGCAUCAUCUCGCAAGUCGUCUCGUCGAUCACCGCCUCCCUUCGUUUCGAUGGAGCUCUCAAUGUUGAUCUCAACGAGUUCCAGACCAACUUGGUGCCAUACCCGAGAAUCCACUUCCCAUUGGCUGCCUACACUCCACUCAUCUCUGCCGACAAGGUACAAACUCGGUUCCGACUGCAGCCACCUCAAUACCUUAUUUCAGGCGUACCACGAGGCUCUUUCGGUCAGCGAUAUCACCAACAGCUGCUUCGAGCCGGCCAACCAGAUGGUGAAGUGCGAUCCGCGCCACGGAAAGUACAUGGCUGUGUGCCUCCUGUACAGAGGAGACGUUGUCCCGAAGGACGUCAACAGCGCCAUCGCUGCCAUCAAGACGAAGAGAACGAUCCAGUUCGUCGACUGGUGCCCAACUGGAUUCAAGGUCGGAAUCAACUACCAACCACCGACCGUCGUCCCGGGAGGAGACCUCGCCAAGGUUCCGCGUGCCGUCUGCAUGCUCUCCAACACCACCGCCAUCGCUGAGGCCUGGUCCCGUCUCGACUACAAGUUCGAUCUGAUGUACGCCAAGCGUGCCUUCGUCCACUGGUAAGACUUUAGGCUUGAAGACGUUUGGUAAAAUUCGCGGUUUUUCAGGUACGUCGGAGAAGGAAUGGAGGAGGGAGAGUUCACCGAGGCCCGUGAGGACUUGGCUGCCCUCGAGAAGGACUACGAGGAGGUCGGAGCCGACUCUAACGAGGGAGGCAACGAGGAGGAGGGAGAGGAGUAUUAA